AUGGCCCUUGUGCUGUGCCUGGGACUCCUGGCGACGCUGGCCCGCGGCUGCCUGCACUGCCACGGCAACUUCUCGGACAAGUUCUCCUUCUACCGGCACCACGUGAACCUCAAGUCCUGGUGGGUCGGCGACAUCCCCGUGUCGGGCUCUCUGCUCACCGAGUGGAGCCAGGACACCAUGAAGGAGCUGCACCUCGCCAUCCCCGCGGAGAUCACGCGCGACAAGCUGGACCAAGUGGCCAAAGCCGUGUACCAGCGGAUGGACCAGCUCUACCAGGGCAAGAUGUACUUCCCAGGCUACUUCCCCAACGAGCUGAGAGCGAUCUUCCGGGACCAGGUGCACCUCAUCCAGAACGCCAUCAUCGAAAGCCGCAUCGACUGUCAGCGCCACUGCGGCAUCUUCCUCUACAAGACCAUCUCCUGCACCAACUGCACCGACUCCCACGUGGUGUGCUUCGGCUACAACUGCGAGUCCUCGAAUCAGUGGGAGAAAGCCGUGCAGGGUCUCCUCCAGUACAUAAAUAAGUGGCACAACCCCUUCUCUCAGAGAUUCUCGUGCCUGGAGCCCCCCCACCUAACCAACUUGACCCUGGAAGAUGCUUCUGAGUGCCUGACGACGCAGCACUGA